UGUCUGUCGAACGAAAAGCACUGGGAGGAUUUUUUUUUGCCGUCGUUGAAAUUUCAAUUUGAUUCGUUUCGGCAAGCAUACACAACAAAGUAGUGAAGUGAAAGAAAAAUUUAGAAAUUUAUAAAUAAAACAAUAGAAAAUAUGCUUAUAUAAAUUAUGAACAACAAAGAAUGCUAAUUAAUUUGAACAAACAAUUUCGACAGCCGAAAAAAAUCUCAGCAAAAAUAAACGAAAUAUCCUUGCUUGUUUGUUGGCUGCUCCUUUUGUGUCUGUAAACGGUAAAAAUCAAUAGUGGUUUGCUAUUUUUGACAGCAGAAGAAAAGCAGGCAGUGAUUUUGUUUUUAGAAAAUUAAACUAUUUUAACUUCCGCAUUAGGAAAUAUAAAAAUAAAUCGGAAAGAAAAAAUUCAAAUGUGCUGUGAGAAGUGAGCAAAAAAAAAAAGCGAAAAGCAAAAAUAUUGUGCAGCAACAAAACAUAACACAAAUACAUUUGCACAAAGAAAACAAAAAGAAAAGAGAAAUUAUACCGGGUGUCCCUGUGUGUGUGUGUGUGUGCGGCUGCUGGGCCGGCUUGAUAUGCCGCCGUUGACCAUUGGGAUUUAUUACAAUUAAUUCCCCCCUUUCUACAACUACGCUACCGCUAACUCUCUGUCACUGUCAUCUCUCUCUGCAUUUUUCUGACUCUCAUCAUCUCCUCUCCAUUGGGGAUUGAUUGGAUCUCUCUCUCUAGUUCUCGCACUCAUUCACAACAACUCCCCCAUUACCGGCGCCACUCACAAUGACGUUGCUGCAACAGCUGUUGAAUUAUAAAUACCUAAGUAAAGAACAUCUCAAUGGAUUCGAUAAUUACAAGUAUAGCGCACGCGAUACCUCACCGCUGAGCGUUUAUGUUAUGCAUCCCUUUUGGAAUUGGAUUGUCAAGUUCUUUCCACGAUGGCUGGCACCGAAUGUUAUGACCUUUUUGGGAUUCCUUUGUACAGCUUUGAAUUUCCUGCUACUCUCCUAUUACGAUUGGAAUUUCUAUGCCAGUUCCGGACUGGAGGGUACACAGCCCAUUCCCUCAUGGGUAUGGCUAUGCACAGCCAUAAACAUAUUUCUCGCCUACACUCUGGAUGGCAUCGAUGGCAAACAGGCACGACGCAUUGGCCUAUCCGGUCCGUUGGGUGAACUCUUUGAUCAUGGAUUAGAUUCGUACACAGCUGUAUUGAUACCGACGUGUUUGUAUAGUAUAUUUGGUCGUUCGCCUGUGUACUCGGUGGCGCCCAUACGCAUGUACUAUGUAUGCUGGAUGGUGUUCUUUAAUUUCUAUGUCUCCCAUUGGGAGAAGUACAAUACUGGUGUGCUAUAUCUGCCGUGGGGCUAUGAUCUCAGCAUGUGGGGCUCUACAGCUAUGUACCUGAUCACAUGGUGGUUUGGUUUUGAAUUCUGGAAACGUGAACUGCCAUUUGGCAUACCGUUGGGUAAUGCCAUGGAAUUUCUGCUGCACUUCAGUGCAAUGGCCAAUACCCCGAUGGUGGUGGUGAAUAUUUACAAUUCUUAUGUCCAGCGCACGGGUAAAAUGAGAUCAUUCAAGGAAGCCAUACGACCCCUGUGGCCGUUACUGGCCUUUAUGGUCUUGCUGCUGGUGUGGCCUUUCAUCUCACCCAAUGAUAUUAUGGAACGGGAUCCCCGAGUCUUGUUUAUGCUGAGCGGCACAAUAUUUUCAAACAUAAGUUGCCGUCUAAUUGUGGCCCAAAUGUCCAAUACCCGCUGUGAGAGUUUCCACUGGAUGACACCAAUCUAUGUGAUUUGCAUAGCACUGGGCCUGUGGCUGCCAUUCCUCGAACGUUUCAUGUUGUAUUUCCUCUUCAUCAUUACCACCCUUAGCCAUUGGCAUUAUGGCGCUGCCGUGGUGAAUCAAAUGUGUGAACAUUUCAAUAGGAUUUGUUUCAGUGUACAUAUGCGACAACCUGCCGGCGCUGCCAAUAAAAAGGCCAAAAUCAAUGGCCAAAGCUCAAUGGAUUCAGCCACAACAACAGCACUGACAACAAGUACAACAAAUGACACAUUAGCAUCAUCAUCCUCAGCAACAGCAAAUUCUUCCAAUUUAGAGACCUCAUCUUCACAAAAAUUAGAAUAAUAUUUUUUUAAUGUUUAAGAAGCUCGCUUUUGUAAAGAAAAAUUAUUUUAAAAUUAUUUUUUUUUUUAUUUUAAUUUUUAAAAAUUUGUUUGCAAAGUAUUUUUUUUGUUUUAUUUAGUUUAAUUUAUUUUAUUUAUUAUUUUGUAGUUUAUAACUUAACGAACCAAGAAGAUCAUUUAUGAGAAAUUUCAGGGUAUUAUGUUCGUUUUAUGUGUAAUGAGGCUAUUCUGAGAUUCAAUACCAUUCUGCUUUACAUAUUUCAUUUAUAUAUAAAUAUGUCAUUGUGAUUUA